AUGCUGCCGCUGCUGCAGUCAGUGCUAGUGUUCGUUGUGUCAAUCCUGUGCAUUUCUUUCGUAUCCCGGGCAUCCGAUAUCCUGAACGAUGCACACGUGUACCGCUCGUUCGCCUCGUACGAGGUUGUACCGGAUGUGAUCGAUGAAGCACCAGAUUGUUGGGCACGGGUAUCGUUCAAAAGUGGUCGACAGGCGGAGGGAGGUAAUCGCCUAACACCAACCCAAAUCCGUAAUCCACCGGUUGUGGCAUGGAACGCUAACGAACGUGCGCUCUACUCGCUCAUCAUGACGGAUCCGGACGUACCGUCGCGGGAUGAUCCACGGUUCCGCGAGUUCAUACACUGGGCCGUCGGUAACAUCCCCGGGAAUGAUAUCGAUCGAGGUGAAACGUUGGUCGAGUAUCUGGGCGCAAUCACACCGCGCGGAACCGGACUGCAUCGGUUCGUGGUGCUGGUGUUUGAGCAUCUGCAGAAGCUGGACUUUGCCGGAGAGCCUCGGAUAUCGAACCAGUGCGGAACGGUGCGACGUUACUUCUCGACGCGCAACUUUACGCGCAAGUACGAUCUGACCAACCUGUACGCGGGCAACUUCUUCCAGACGCACUACGAUGACUACGUGCCAACGUUGCAGGCACAGCUGCGCGAAUGUGAGGACGAAAGUUCGCUGAACGAACUGAACGGACCGCGCAACGGGACCGUGUUCGGAGGAUCGUAG